AUGGACUUCAGAACAGACGAGCAAGGCCCAAGUAGUAUCAGGAGUGACGAUUUUGAUGACCACGAACAUGCAUUCUAUCCUGAAAGACGCCGCUCCUUUUAUUGCCAGUAUGCCGUUGCAGUGCUUUGCUUUCUGUUCACCCUUGGUGGUCUUGUGAUAACAGCUUUGAACACCACCUCAACCUCGAGCUUAGGGUCGAACGUGAUCCAUUGGAAGCCCUCUGCAUCAUUGCCAGCGUUACCGCCGUUCUCAUCCCCCCAUGGCCAUGACAUAUCAACCGAUGUGUACAACCCGUCGUCCUCAUCCUCGCAUGCACACGACCAAUCAACACACAUGUAUAACCCGUCUGACCAUGCUAUGACUGGGUUGAUGAAGUCUCCAUGUGGCAACACCCCUGCAGAAGCCAAAGCACGAAACUGUCAUUUUGAUAUCAUCACGUUUUGCUGGCUGCCACAUCGCUGCUAUGAUGAAGAGUUAUCAAAGUCCUUUGAGGAGCUCGUCGACUGGAAGUGGUAUCUCGAUCGGAAUAAGACACAGCCAGUCCCCAAGACAGAUGCGCUUCAGGGGGAAUUGGAUGGACUUUAUGUGAGCUGGGAGUAUCAUGUGCAGCACUGUGUGUAUAUGUGGCAGAAGAUGCACCGAGCUUUGUUGGGGCCGGGGAAAAAGGCUAUAGACACCUAUAUCAGUCCCUACAGCCACACAGAGCACUGUGGGAAAAUGCUGCUGACCCGAGGAGAUGGCUACGCAUUGAGCGAUAUCAACACGCGCAUUCGAGUGAAGUUUCCGGAUUGCGGGAUUGAGUAG